AUGUCUAGGACCCCCAAGUGACUGUGUAUAUUUGUCUCGAUAAAGUUCGUUUUCUACGAGAAGUUGCUGUUCAUAACCUUUAGGUUGAGGCUUAGGAAGCAUCUUCAUUGCAAGAUGACUGCCAUAAAACAUGUUUGUCAACUUCUAUCUGUGAGGAGUAUUUUUUCAAGAACUGUUCUGAAGAGAAACUUUGGUGUUAGUGCUGUAGCUGUUCAGAAAAUACAAGACCCGAUACAGAAACUUUUUAUUGAAAAGUUGAGGGAGUACACUCAGAAAAGCAAGAGUCUGGGAGGUGGAUUAGUUGAUGCUUCACCAGAAGCACAAAAACAAAUGAAAGAAGAAUUGGAAAAAAUAGAAACUCAGUAUGGAGGAGGGAAAGGGAUAGACCUCACCAAAUUUCCAGCUUUUAGCUUUAAAGAUCCUGAAAUUGAUCCAAUCAACGUUGAAGGCAAACACUGAGGAAUUGUUAUGUUUGUUUUUUAACUCAUGAGUUU